AUGCGGAAGCAAGAAAAUGAGUCAAGCGACAGCCAAUUACAAACCUGCCACCGUCCAGCAAGUGGUGAUACAGUAUUACUUACCAGUGAUGAAGACAAAUCUAUGAGUACAAAUGAAGAAGAAUCUAAGAAUACAAAUGAAGAAGAAUCUAUGAGUACAAAUGAAGAAGAAUCUAAGAAUACAAAUGAAGUAGAAUCUAAGAGUACAAAUGAAGAAGAAUCUAAGAGUGUAAAUGAAGAAGACAGGGCUGAAGGGCAAAUGUACAUUGAAGAAAAGAUCCAUCCUGUCAACACAGAAAUAUAUUAUGGUCCUAAGCAGAACGAAGCAGUAUGA